UUUAACGAAAUCGAAACAAGAAGAAUGGCAGAGGGAAGUAAUUUUCAAUCGUUAAAAGAUGGUUCUGAUGCAGAUUUUGAAUUCACUUGUACACCCUGUACAAGAUACCAUAGUCGACUUAAUGCUACACAGCAACAUAAACUGCUGGAUAAAAGCGAUGCUAAACAAGGUGUUGUUAUUUCCAGGAUUAAAUGUCUUUUCCAUCCAGACCGAGAAAUUGAAAUGUACUGCCUUAAACAUGAUAUGGUGUACUGUCUCCUGUGUAUUGCAACAGAACAUAGGUCUUGUGAGGGAGUAAACAAAAUUGAAGAUGUGUCAAAACAAUGUGUCACUCAAGCGGAGAUUCAAUCGCUAUUAGAUGGGACACAAACUGUACAAGACAAGAUGAAGUCACUUACAGUUAAACAGAAACAAAAUGUAACUGCAAUAGAGAAAGAGAAGGAAGCUAUUGAAGUGAAACUUGAUGAUACAGUGACAAAACUUAUAGAACAUAUCAGAAAAUCGAAAAGAGAGACAGCAAAAUGUUUAAAUGAUAAAUAUUCUACAUCGAAGGAGGAACUCGUAUCUGCUAUCAGUGUAUCAAGUCGCACAGCUGAAGACUUAAAACAAACCGAGAAACAACUGCAUACAAUUGACAGUCUGGACUUAGAGCAGCAAUUUGUCCGGAUGAAAUUGAUGAAGAAAACAGUCCAAGGAGCAAACACUUUAAUAACAGAAGGUGAGGCAGAAGUUACAAAAUUUAUCAAUUUUACUGUAAAUAAAGAGCUGACGGACAUCAUCACAAAAACAAAUUCUAUAGGUGAGGUGCAUGUGACAACUGGAAUUGUCGGUGAGCAGAAAUUGAAACAGAGGGAGUACAAAAUAAAGUCAACGAAAGAGAUCAAUGUGAAGCUGAGUUAUGACAAAUGGGAAUGUUGCAUAUCUGAUAUAUGUAGACUUUCUGAUGAUACGAUCCUUUUGACUGAUUAUUACAAUAACAAAGUGAAAAGACUCAACAGUAAUGAUAGUGUAGAAAACGUCUAUGAUUUUCAUGCAAGAACUACAGGUAUAUGUAGUGUCAGUAACAGUGAAGUGGCUGUGAAAUUAAACAAUAAUAAAAUUCAACUUUUUUCCGUUGGCUCAUCUCUGUCCAAAGGAAAGACAAUAGAUAUAAAAAACGGUGGACAGUUUGGAUUAACAAUGUGUUGUGGUGAUCUAUGGUCAUCAGCCUUAAAUGGUGUUAACGUUUACAGUACAACAUUUGAUCUUGUUAUAUCUACCGUCAAAGAUCAAAACGGGAAGUCUAUAUUUAAAUCCUCAGUUCAGCAUAUGGCAGUCACUACUGACACAGUGAUCGUGACAGAUAGCUCUGAUGGAGCUGUUUGUCUUAACAAGCAUGGUGUGGUCAUUAGAGAGAUGAGAGACAGUAGAUUGAAGUAUACUCGAGGUGUAUGUGUAGCUGAUGAUGGAACGGUAUUUCUAUGUGGAUAUCAAUCACAAAACAUCGUUAUGUUCGACAGGGAUGGUAAAUGUCUCGGAGAACUAAUGGGGAAAGAUUCUGGCUUGUAUACACCAGUCAGUAUGUGCUUCGAUGGGAGGAGAUAUAGGUUAAUUGUUGGACAGAGCGACAGAAGCAUUUUAUUUGUAAUUGAAUUUGAUUGCUAAAAAGUCGCAAUACUAUCAACUCCAACUGAUAAUAAAAUAAAACUUUGAUUAAAUUCUGAUAUCAACUAUCUUAAGAAAUAACUUUUCUCAGUGAAUGGCUAUAAUUGCUAAAUUGGCAUCAAUGCUGUUAAGUAUUUGAUUGAUAUUGAAGGCGUCUAUCAUGUUAACUCUUACAAGAAAAACGAAUUAUUUAAAAUGCUAUUUACAUGCACAUUGGUUUUAUUCUUUUGAUGACAUGUGUGAGUACUUAUCGCUGUAUAGAAAAUAAAAAAAUACGAGUAAACAUUUAAAAUAUAAUAAAAUUCUUUGAAGCAUCAUUUUUUAUUGCUCUAUGAACAAGAUAGAAUGUUUGUCAAUUAAAUAUUAUAUGAUACAAAUUCUUGUUAAAAUUAUAUGAUUUGUUUCAAUUAAAUUAAAAAAAUAGAACUCUGUAAUGGAUAUAUUUUGCGAAAUAUUUGACUUUGAUACAAAACGGACAUUUAUUUUUCCUUAUCGUUUUAGGGUUUAAAUGAACAUGUAUCAAAUAACACAUGACUUUUUGCAUAUCCGGAUUUAAUUUUUGUGAUGAAUGUAAGAAAAUUUUGAUAGUCGUGAUGUUAAAAUAAAUUGUUAUGUAAAUAUGUUCGAAAUGUCGGAACAUUAUUGUAGAUUCGUUAAUAUUCACGAAAGGAAUACAAUAAUUUUGUCAAAUUCACAAAUGUUACUUACAUGCUAUAGACUUUGUUGCCAUUUUUUAAAUUCCAAGAAAAAUACUUGUACAACUCGUAUUUGACAAGAAUAAUAUGGAGUAAUAAUCAAGUAAUGAAUGAAAUGAUACCAUUUUAUCCAGAACAACAAUAAUUACAAUUAACGUAUCAACUAUGAAAAGUAAGAUGUGUCACGCCUACGUGUUAUGAAGUAAUGUUUAUAUACUAUCUAAAUCAUAUGAAUAUAAAUUCAUAUUAAAUAAAGUAUAUGUAUGUAUACGUACGUGCGUGAAUGUGUGUGUGUGUGUGCUAAAUAAAGUGGUAGAAGUUACCCCGUAUGCGUAAUUAGUUUUGUUAUUUUCUUGAUGAGAAAUCGUUAUACGUUCGUUUUACAUCCCAAACAAACUGAGAACUUUCUUCAAAUAAAAAAAUCAUAAAAAGAGCCGUGUUCGAGAAUCAAAUCAAAUCAUCAUUAAUCUGGCCACAAAGAUAUGCACUGUCCUAUGGAAGCAUUUGAAUUUCGCGAAUUUGAAAAAUGACAUAAAGGUGUAUUAUACACGCCUUAUUUAAAUUCCUUCUUCAUUUCAAGUUACGAAUAAACAAAAAUCUCUCUAUAUAUAAUCUGUAUACAUUCUUUUGUAUAGUUAAAUAUUUUGAGCUUCAAUACAAUAUAAAUAUAUCGAAACAUUUUUUUAACAAAAUAGAUAGUUAAAACAAACAAACGGAUUUCUCUGAAAUACAUGUAUAUGGCAAUAUUAAUUGUUUUUCGGAACAACAUUUGAGUGACCUUAAAAUUUAACUAGAACGGCGGUUAAGGUGAAAACAAACAAGACAUUAAUCGCUCACUUAAAUACCUUUAUUAGAAAAAGUUAUAAUUUCUUUGAUGUAGAAGCAGGUGAAUAGUUCACAUUCAAGGUUACCGAGAAAAUGGUAUGACAUUUUAUGUAUGUAAUUAAAACUGAUGUUUUGCUGUUUAAAUAAAUUCUAUAUACUGUA